GGGUCCCUUCCAGUUAUCGAGCACAUUACAAGGCAACGAGGCAAGCUCUCCCGCAAGCAUGCGAUGCGCGUCCACGUGGCCGGUGGAGCGCGUGACAGAUCAGCGCCGCUAACGCAGCCCCCCGCGGCUUCAGGGUUUGCCCCUCCUGAAGAGCACCAAUCUGAGAUGGCUACACGGAGGGGGGCGGGAAGGAUAGUUUGAGAAGGGCUGAGCUUUUUUUUUCUUUUUUUUUGCGCGCGAGGAUGCCAAUUUCUCUCUUAUUCUAUCACUGACAACGAGCCCCAAAAUAAACAAAACAAAAUAAAGGAAUCCUAAAAGGCAGCAGAGAGACAUCAGCCGGACCACUCGUCAGAACCUCAUUAACUCCAAAGACCGGAGGGGGGGAAAGAAGCAGAAACAGCAGGAAGACGAUCUGGUGUUUUUUUUUAAUUUUUUAUUAUUUUUUACAAGUGGAGUCCUCUGUCUAAAUUGCUAUGGCUGCUGCGUUUUGGAAGCUUGAACGCCCGCACUUGGCCUUGUGGCUCUUCCUCCUAUGCCUCAGCAUGAUUCCGCAAGCCAGUGCCGUCGUUGGACACAGAGAGCCGCUGCCCGAUGACAGUAAUAAUAUCACAAUUUUCACCCGAAUCUUAGACAGACUGUUGGAUGGUUAUGACAACAGACUACGUCCUGGGCUGGGAGAGAGCGUCACUGAAGUGAGGACCAACAUUUACGUGACAAGUUUUGGGCCCGUGUCAGACACCGACAUGGAGUACACCAUCGAUGUAUUUUUCCGUCAGAGUUGGAGAGAUGAGAGACUGAAAUUUGACGGGCCCAUGCAGGUGUUGCCCCUAAACAACCUCCUUGCCAGUAAGAUCUGGACACCUGACACAUUUUUCCACAAUGGAAAGAAGUCUGUGGCCCACAACAUGACAACCCCAAACAAACUUCUGCGACUAGUUGACAAUGGCACACUUCUCUACACGAUGAGGUUGACCAUUCAUGCCGAAUGCCCCAUGCACCUGGAAGACUUCCCCAUGGAUGCGCACGCCUGUCCCCUGAAAUUUGGAAGCUAUGCUUACACCAACAAUGAGGUGAUUUAUCUCUGGACACAAGAAGAUGAGCGCUCUGUUUCUGUGGCUGAAGAUGGUUCCAGGCUCAACCAGUAUGACCUACUGGGACACGUUAUUGGCAAAGAAACCAUAAGUUCCAGUACAGGGGAAUAUGUAGUGAUGACAACAUAUUUCCAUUUGAAAAGGAAAAUUGGCUAUUUUGUGAUCCAAACCUACCUUCCCUGCAUCAUGACAGUCAUCCUGUCACAGGUGUCCUUCUGGUUAAACAGAGAGUCGGUUCCUGCACGCACCGUAUUUGGGGUCACCACCGUCCUCACCAUGACGACCCUAAGCAUAAGUGCCCGCAACUCCCUCCCUAAGGUUGCCUAUGCCACAGCCAUGGACUGGUUCAUGGCAGUGUGCUAUGCCUUUGUCUUCUCUGCCUUGAUUGAGUUUGCCACAGUCAACUACUUCACCAAGCGCAGCUGGGCGUGGGAUGGGAAAAAAGAGGGCAUGGAGGUCAGGGAACCGUUUCAGGCUAACAUGGCCAGGAUUAACGAUAUGAGAAGAGAAUCUGCAAGUCUCUCCAAAAAGGCAAACAACACUUUCAACAUUGUUGGAACAACCUACGCCAUCAACGUAGCAAAAGACCAAGGUUUAACAACCAUUUCUAAGAGUGCCGCUACCGGGGCACCGGCCAAACACUCCUAUCUCCAUAAAAUGGACGAUCCCUACACAGAAGCCAAGAAGUCUUACAACCGAGUCAGCAAAGUGGACAAGAUAUCGCGCAUCAUUUUCCCCAUCCUUUUCUUCAUCUUCAACUUGGGCUACUGGGCCACAUACGUGAACAGGAAGCCGGCAAUCAUAGAGGCAAACAACCCCAACUGAAUUUGAUCCAAAAUCAAUCUUGAAUGGGUUUAGGAGAAGGAGAAAGGUUUGAUGGAAGCCAUGAAAAUCUUAACGUGUACGUGUGCGUGUGCGUGUGCGUGUGCAUACAGUGGUACCUAAUUUGCGAGUGCCCUAACUUAAGAGAGGUUCCGGGUUGGAAUGUGGCUUGGUUGAUUUAUGUUUUUGUUUGUUUAUUUUGCUUUGUGUUGAGAGUCAAAAUUUCCACGAUAAGUGAGCUUCAAAUACACUGUCACUCAAGUGAAGUAGGAAUAAAAAAAACGAGAACAUUUGACGUACAGUAAUGCCUGCAAAGUUUACAUAUGUGUGCAAGGGGGUAGAGGCCAAAGUCACUUUCUGUCAUUUAUUGAACAUAAAAAUUGAACAUACAAAUACAAAAUGUCUCAUUUUCAAAACUGACUCGAGCGCCUGACGUCCCACAAGGCCGUUUCCCUUCAAGGCCGCAGACACACGAAUACUGCAGUGCGUACAGUAAUUACACUUCAUAAAGCGAGUUUGUUUACUUGCGUUGUAUUUUUAUUUAUACACACACGCACACACAAUAUAUAUCUAUAUAUAUAUAUGUGUGUAUGUGUGUGUGUGUGUGUUAAAUCUCAUCAAAUCCAAUAGAGGAGCUGCCUUUACGAAGAUAAUAUUGCAAUUGAGGGUGGUGGUUAUGAAGAUAAUUGUGCUAAGGUUUGUAGUGGUGGCAUCAUGCCAAAAUUGUUUGCCCCAAUUUUGCUACUAUAGACUGCAAAUUUCCCCAAUGUGGGACAAAUAAAGAUUAUCUUAUCUUAUCUUAUAUCAUUUCUGUCAUAUGUCUUAACUCAUUCACUCCCAAAGACGUUUUUAAACGUCUUUUCAGAUUUGGUCUAGAAUUGGCUUAGAAAAAAUAAAACAUCUAUUUUGCAUCACAGCAAACAGUAAUUGCCAACAUGUUGGUGUGUGCUAUCACCUCUGACGCUGUCAAUUCAAAUGGACCCAAAUGGACCCUCCGACAAGCAUGAAGGCUUUUAGUAUUGUUACGAUUGUCAUUUCUUGAUGAGUUUGUUCGCGCCAUUAUGACCCCCCCAAAAAAACCUGCACAAAAUGUUCUGUUUUGUUUUAUGGAGUAUUGCUACACAAAAUCUACAGCAUCAUGAAACAUUUUGAUGCUGACCAGUUUUGUUUGAACAGUCAGUAUCUCAUCGAAUGGAGCCGUCUUCUGGGGCAUCCAGGAAAAAAAAAUGUCACUGCCCAUUAUUUGUACAGUGACACAUCACAGCCAUGAAGUGGAAAUUCCCAUCCUAAAUACAAGAAAUUAGCACGCUAACGAACAUACGGGCAUUCUAGUAAAUAUCUUUGUAAAGGCAGCAUUUUUUAGAUUGAGAAUUAACACUCUGCACAUUCUGUGUAUGUGUUGUGAUAUUUUGCUCGCCCAUGAACACGGAGGGGCAAACGCUCACAUGAAGCUACCAUGGCUGUGAGGGAGUUUAAUUUCACGAUACCCUCUUUUACACAGUUCGGCAAUUUGCUGUUAAUGUGUUUCCAAGAGAAAGAAGUACAAUGCCAACAAAAGGGAAGGACAGAACACAAAGGUUCUGUGUAAAAGUCUACAAAGGACUAGUGGAAUGAGUGGAAAUAUACAGUAAGCAAUCUAAAGCCCCCCCACUGGUGUGGCAUCACGCUACCUUUGUUCCGUUCUGUGUAAACAAGCAAAGCGGCGUUGCGGCAGACUCAUUUCUACUGCGAUGUUAUGCAAUCUCUGCGUCAAAGAGGACGGUGUUGCAGUUGUUUUCUUCUCUCAUUGACAGUAGCUCUGGCCCCGUUUCCUGUUGUGAGUAACAAAGUAGUCCAUCGUUGUAUCUUGACCGCUUGUCAUUUUGUAAAAUAGUGAAAAUUGUUUUCUCUUUCUCUGUUUUGCAAGCACGUGGUUUCAGGUUGUCAUCGUUGCGCCCAGGUGAAAACGGGAAUUAAUAACAUGCAUGCACGCACACUCACAUUAUGCAGAGGAUGCAAUCCAAGACAUCCAAAGAGCUGUUCUAUGGUUGCUUACGUGUGGUCUGGGAGUAGGGAGCAGCCCCAGUAUAGUGCCAUAUAGGAACAUCAUUAAUAAUCUUCGGUGUCUGGACUUCAACUCAAACUGAAUCUCAUCAGAGCCAAAGUGGUAUCAUCCAGAAUUGCGGUAGCCUGUGCAUUUUCACGUCCAGUGGCUCUAGCUUGCUGAUUAUGGUUUUGCUUAAAAAGGGAGCCAAGUGCCUUGGUGAAAAUACGGACAACAUAAAUGGGGCGGGGGGGGGGGGGGUUAUCUUUUUGUGCUUUUUCACACAUUCAUAACAAAACGCCAUCAUUAGCUAAGACUGGAGCCCAGGUUUUUUUUCUGUUUGUCAUAGAAAUUAAUACAAUUGGGUGUUUUAUACUGUCAAUGUAUAUUAAGAGCGAGAGAAGAAAAAAUAUUGAGUAUAUUUUUCCUUAUAGUUUUACUAAAUUGCAUCUGCGCUGUCAGUGGUUACUUGUGUUUUUCUGCCUAUCCAAAAAGCAAUGUUUUUUUUUUUUUUUACUCAAGCAAUUUCUGUACUUGUUGAACAACGUUUCUGUUUUUGUCAUAGACAAGCGCUUGCCAAAUAUACAGAUAAGCACUAUCAAUUUGUAUCAUUGUAGUGACGCCAGACCUAGUGGGGGAAAAUAUUUGGUCGAUUGCUCAUGUACGACACUUUUUUGUUCGUUUAUUUCAACCAAUAGAACUGAGCAGCAAAGUUGCCUUUAUGUUGAUACUCAACACAUAUUAUGAUCCACUAGCAGUUUUUCUGGAAAUGUUGCACCAUGCUAUUUGUCAAAACAUCUUUUGAAACAAUUUUCAGGAGUGAAUGAAAGAAUAAUUACAGUAGCAGCCUGUGCUAUGCCUCUCUUAAAGUUGUCUUACUGUCGCAAAACAAACAAAAAAAAAAAACAA